UAUGUUUGCAUUUGUUGCAUCAACUGAACUGCUUGCUACAGCCACGGCCACUGCCUUCUAUCCCAAUAUCUUCCCAGUCAUCCUCAGCAGCAAUCUGAGACCAGGAUCUGCCUACUUCAUCAUGGCAGCCCUCUGCAUUGCCCCUAUACUUCUCCUUAUAGUGCUUUGGAUUGCGUCACACCACAUGUACACUUGGCUCUGCUCUAGAGCUAGAGAGACUCGGUCGUCAUGUGACUCCACAGAGAGUGAUGACGAGGAGAAGGAGCCACUUCUGAGUGGAAACAUCUCUCCCACUGAGACACUCAAUUGAACCACUCAAUCUUUGAACCAAUGUUUUUCAGGUAUAGCUAAUAUUUCACGAGCGUUUGAGAAUCGGUAUAUAUCACGCACUGAAAUUCCGCAAUCUUUACGACAGGUAGUUAGCUCUCCGGGUUGGAAUUUCACGGCCGCCGAAUGUUUGCGCGUGCGCACAAAAUGCCCAGCUCCCGCGGACGACGUCGAGACGGAGAGCGAGCUAGCUGAGCCGGGGAGGAGUCUCGACGGAGAGCGCACACUGGACGCGACAUGGAAAGUUACAAAUCCAAGACUUGUCCCUCUUCUGAACCGACGGCGUCGUGGGUGUGGGUGAAUGCGAAGGUGAAUCGUACGAGCGGCGACUCGACCGUGCUUCGGCGAGUCUUCCGCGAACUUCGUAAGACCCGUAUCAUCACAGUGGAACCUUUAGUCUUCCUCUUCAUGUUCGGCCUCUUCCUCAUGAUCUUCACGCAACAGCAGUACUUUUUCUGGCAUUACGGCAAGCUCUUUCUCAACUCGACGCACGACGACUGCAUAUCAGCAGAAGACCUCGAGUCCGAUGCGGUCGUAAAAGUGCAGAAAUCGGCCAGCCACCUUUUGUCCUACGUGAAUUUCCCCGGACAAGUGCUGGGCAUUGCCACCUCCAUGAUACUGGGUCCGUUGUCAGACACUAUGGGGAGAAGGUUCAUCUUCUAUUUGGUGGGUAGUGGUGUUGUACUACAGGGAGUGUUGUCUCUGGUUGUUGUCGUAUUGAAUCUCGAUGUGCACAUCUUCAUCGUUGGAGGUGUUCUGUCUGGGAUGUGUGGUGGGUUUGCGGCGACACUGGGAGCCUCUUUUGCCUAUGCUGCAGACGUUAGUUCUCCCGGGCCAUCCAGAAGUAUCCGAAUUGCUUUCGUUGAGGCAAUGGUCUUUGUGGCGGGUCUAAUCGCGGAGGGGGGAGCUGGCAAAGUUCUGGAGCAGUUGAAAUGUUCGUUUUGGCCUCUGAUAGCAGUCUACAUUGGCUCUGGUCUGCUGAUGAUCCUCUACACGGCUCUGUUCCUGCGAGAACCGUUCUCUCGCUCUGAGAGACUCCAGAGAGCUGCCGACAGUCCAAAGGGAAUUGGACGACUCCUUCGUGGUCUGCGGCUCUUCUUCUGUCCCUCCACCUACUCCACCUGGAAGCUGUGGGCUGCUCUGGGAGCCCUCACCAUCAUUGUCGGGAACCUAAUCGGUGCGCAGAUGAUUACCGCCAUAUUUCAGGAGGGUCCCCCUCUCAAAUGGAAACCGGCCAUGAUCGGAUACUUUGACGUGGUUCAGAUGGCAGCUCAUGGAUUCGCAACACUUGUGAUUCUCCCUCUCCUGGUGGCCCUAUCUCUCCCUGACGUUGCCAUUGCUCUCAUUGGAGUGGUGUUCAAUGCUGCGGUGGGGGUCCUCACCGGCUUUGUCCGCCAAAGUUGGCAGAUGUUUCUCAUUGGGACGAUGUCAGGUAUGGAGUCUAUUGUAGCUCCCAGUGCAAGAAGUCUUAUGUCUAAACUAGUAUCAGCUGGAGAUCAAGGAGCAAUGUUUUCGUUUACUCUAUCAGUGGAACUGAUAGCUGCAGCCGUAUCCACUGCCUUCUAUCCCAAUAUCUUCCCAGUCAUCCUCAGCCACAAACUGUGGCCUGGAUCUGUCUAUUUCAUCAUGGCAGCCCUCUGCAUCAUACCUCUGUUUCUACUCUGCCUUAUUUGGGCUGCGACGUAUCGCUCACACACCUGGCUAUGCUGCAAAGGAAUAUCGAAACGGAAGUUGGAGUCACUUCCGCCCUCUCCAUCUCCUGGGACUGACGACGAGGGAGAGGAAACUGAAGAAUUUGAGCCACUCCUGUACAACAAAGACCAUCUUCAGCAGUCACAUAAGAAAGGUCAAUAUAGUGUCAACUAGGUAGGUUUAAAUCACUGUAAAAAUAAAAUAAUCACUUUAUAUCACACUUUGUAAUGAAAACACUCUAGCACUUCAC